CUAGAUGGAGAAUGGGAGGGAAGAAAGAGGCGUAGAGUAGAGGGAAUGGAGGGAAUGGAGGAGAGUGGUCUGUUUGAGAUGAAAAGAGGGAAGGGAAGGGCGUGGUGGUGGUUGUACGCGGCGUCAAUGCAACUGGGGUUGCUCAUGAUUUGGUUGUACAGGAUCUUGCACUUGCCUGAGGCCGGAGAGAAGGGGAGAUGGGCGUGGAUGGCAAUGUUCGCCGCCGAGCUAUGGUUCGGCUUCUACUGGAUUCUCAAUCUCUCCGUUCGUUGGAAUCCGAUUUACCGCUAUACUUUCAAGGAUAGGCUCUCACUAAGAUUUGAAGUCAAACUGCCAAGGAUAGAUGUUUUCAUAUGCACUGCUGACCCCACCAUAGAACCCCCUAUAGUAGUUAUCAACACAGUUUUAUCAGUCCUGGCCUAUAAUUAUCCGCCAAAGAAACUAAGUGUUUAUCUAUCUGAUGAUGGUGGUUCAAUCAUUACAUUCUAUGCACUGCUUGAGGCAUCAAAUUUUGCAAAGUUAUGGAUACCGUUUUGUAAGAAGUUCGAUGUGAAGCCCUUGUCACCAUCUCUCUUCUUCUCAAAAUCAUCAGUUCAAAUACAUGAUCAAAGUUUCUCGGAAUGGGCAGCUAUGAAAAAAACAUACGAAGAAAUGGAGAGUCGGAUUGCUGCAGCAAUGAAACUUGGUGACAUUUCCGAAGAGAUUAAGGCUGUGCAUGAAGGUUUUGCUGAGUGGAGCUCCAAAACAUCUUCUAAGGAUCACCAAGCCAUCAUCAAGAUACUAAUUGAUGGAAGAGAUGAAAAUGCAAGAGAUUCUGCUGGAUUUGCAAUGCCGACAAUUGUUUAUAUGGCCCGUGAGAAACAUCCGAAGUAUCAGCAUAAUUUUAAAGCCGGGGCUUUAAAUGCUUUGUUGAGAGUUUCUGAGAAGAUAACCAAUGGACCAAUUGUUCUCACUCUUGAUUGUGAUAUGUGUGCUACUGACCCUAAUUCAAUCAGGGAUUCAUUGUGCUUCUUUAUGGAUGAAGAGAGAGGCCAUGAGUACGCCUUUGUGCAAUUUCCUCAAAGCUUUAUAAACCUCACCAAGCACGAUUUGUAUGCAAGAGCCUUCAAAAUUGUUCACAAAGUAUAUUUUCCUGGGCUAGAUGGACUUGGAGGUACAAUGUUCACUGGGUCAUGUUGCUUCCACAGGAGAGAUUGUCUGAACGGGAGAGAAUACAGUAAAGUAAGUAAAAUUGUGAUGAAUGGGGAAAGACAACGGAUUCAAGAAAAAAGUGUUAGCGCCAUAGAAGAAAGAGCCAAGGACCUAGCAACCUGCUCCUAUGAAGAGAACACCCAAUGGGGAAAACGAAUGGGGUUGAAGUAUGGAUGUCCUGUGGAAGAUGUGAUCACCGGAUUUUCCAUUAAAUGUCGAGGCUGGAAAUCAGCAUAUUUCAUUCCUAAAGGUGAACCUUUUCUUGGUCUUGCUCCGACGACACUCUCGCAGACUCUGUUACAGCACAAGAGAUGGUCUGAAGGCAACUUUCAAAUGUUACUUUCCAAGUACUCUCCUUUCUUUUACGGUUUUGGAAGAACAAAGCUUGGUCUUCAAAUGGGUUACAGCGUUUGCAGCUUUUGGGCUGCCAGUUCUAUUCCAACUCUUAUCUAUGUCCUCAUCCCUUCCAUUUGCCUCCUUCAUGGAAUUUUCUUAUUUCCUAGUGUUUCUAGCAUUUGGUUACUGCCAUUUUUAUUUCUGAUUGCCUUGAGCAAUGCUGUUAACUUGUGGGAGUUCCUUCAUUAUGGACUAACAGCAAAGGGUUGGUGGAAUGAUACAAGAAUCUGGUUGUAUAGAACAACUACUUCAGAUCUAUUUGCCUUGGUGGAUACAAUUCUAAAGCUUUUGGGUGUCGCGGAUUCAGCUUUUGUUGUUACACCGAAGGUGGCUGAUGAAGAGGCAUCUGAGAGGUAUGAGAAAGAGAUCAUGGAGUUUGGAUCUGCUUCCCUGAUAUUUACGAUAUUGUCGACAAUAUCAAUGUUCAAUCUCUUUUGCUUCGUGGGAGGAAUUAGAAAAGUAGUAAUGGAUGGAGGAAUUCAAGAUUUGAGCUCGCUGUUUCUGCAAUUUUUGUUGUGUGGGUGUUUGGUACUCAUAAACAUUCCCAUCUUCGAAGCUUCGUUCUUCAGGAGUGAUGAAGGAUGCAUUCCAAUGAGAACCACAUUUUCAUCUGUUGCAAUAGUCAUUGUUGCGUAUUUCAUGCCUGUUUUUAAGGAGAAGUAACUUCUUUUGGGUACAAUACGGUCAUUUUUUAAUAAACGAACAAAAAUUUAAUAAUGAUAUUUUCUCAUAUUGAUGAGAAUAUUUUGUUUAGUUGUGAUAUUGUAUGGGCUACGACAGCUCUUACUGUUAGCUUAU